AUGUCGCGCCCUGACAAAACACCCGCGCCCUCCAGGAGGUUUGUACACCCUUCGAGCUCUGCACAAAGAUCUGCCUCGGCCAAGAAGUCAGUUCCAUCGUUCUCACAGAAAGCUGCUCCAUCAUCGGGCUUUGGCUCUUCUCGUACGGUCCGCUUUGGCACGCCGGCAGUUGCCAGAGAUGAGAUCUCAGCCAGUUUCGAGGAAGACGAUACACCACCCCCGACUCGUGCAUCGAAGGUAGUGUCAUCUAGCCAUGUGCUCCAGGACGAGAUCCACAGCUUCAAGCAGUCGCCAAGUCGAGGCGACUCGGCGCAGCUUGAGCAAAGUCACGUCCAAGGCCACGGUAGGCAGACCGCAAAUGAGUUUGCGACGCCGAUGCCGAAACGACGCAAGCGAGAACCUUCUCCUGCAUUCAGUAAGGACCUUAUAGCGAUCUCCUCCUCGCCUUCGGAGUCUGCGUCAGCCGCCGCCUUGACGGAUGAGGAAGAGGUCGACCAAGACCUCCUGGCUCCGACACCAUACACAGCAUCGCGCUUUCGGAGGCCAGCGCCGGCGCCAGCACUAACAGUGAUCCACAAUGAUAUGCAGGAGGCCAGAGUCAAGCCCACCUUCCGUCGUCUAGACCCGACUUCAAACCUGCCGCCCGAAAUGAGCACAACCUUACCAGAUGCAUUCACGCCAUCUAGAAGGAAAGGCAAACGAGACUAUGUCAGCGGCGGUCUGGCAGACACAGUACGCAAUUGGGUCUUACAGGCCGCAACCGAGGCGUCUCACAGAAUUGGCAACGAGGAGUAG